UCGGAGGGGGCGGAGCUCUGACAGACCACAACUAUUUCUCCUGCUAAAUCCUGUGUGUUCGGAGUCUGCAUGCAGUCUUUUGCUACAUCGGAGUUGUCCGUCUUUUUCCUCAACAUUUCUCCGUCCAGGAAUACUAAAAGCGAUGCUUCACCGUGACCGACCGCAUACAGAGGCAGAGGACGACCAGCGGUGACAGCUUUGCAUCCCAUUCACUCUCUUCCCAGGAGUAUAACAAGAUUGUUUUUUUCUCCUCUUCUUUCGGCUUUGGAAGAAGACGCUGUGUUUGCGGUCCUCCUGUAAAUGUCGGACCGCUUCUAAAAUAACACAAACUUUCUGUCUCCAUGCUGGAGAGGAAACAUUUCGGCGUGGGUUUCGGUACUUUUUUCCCCAGAACGGAUUGUGAGCUGUCGUGUUUCAGAACGGGAAUGAGUCGCUUUUCGCCGUAGCUCCAUGUAAAUCUUUUUUUGUUUGUUGCCGUCCAGCGCUUCGCCCAGCGGACUCUCCGCCGCUACUGGAAUAUACGAGGACGUUUGCGCAGUCAUUUGCUGUAAAUGGAGCGCCAGUCCAGUUUCAUUUCCAUUUGGCUACAACUGGAGCUCUGUGCCAUGGCUGUUCUUCUCACUAAAGGAGAAAUAAGGUGUUACUGCGACGCGCCGCACUGCGUGGCCACCGGCUACAUGUGCAAGUCGGAGCUAAACGCCUGCUUCACUAAGGUCUUGGACCCGCUCAACGUCAACUCCCCCCUCACCCAUGGGUGUCUAGACCCCAUCGCCAACGCGGCAGACAUCUGCAUCAGCGGCACAUCCGGGGCGGCGGACGUCCUGAGCGGGGCCUCGGCGUUGGAGUGUUGCCACGACGACAUGUGCAACUACAGAGGCCUUCACGACCUGGCACACACCAGGGACUCGACAGAUCACAGCCGGUACCAGCCGGACAGCGGCAACAGGAACCUGGUGACCCGGGUCCAAGAGCUGGCUUCAGCCAAGGAGGUGUGGUUCCGGGCGGCGGUGAUCGCCGUGCCCAUUGCGGGAGGCCUCAUCCUGGUGCUGCUGAUCAUGCUGGCGCUGCGGAUGCUGCGCAGCGAGAACAAGCGGCUGCAGGACCAGCGGCAGCAGAUGCUGUCACGGCUUCACUACAGCUUCCAUGGCCACCACACCAAGAAGGGCCACGUGGCCAAACUGGACCUGGAGUGCAUGGUGCCCGUCACAGGCCAUGAGAACUGCUGCCUGACCUGCGAUAAGAUGAGGCAGGCCGACCUGGGCAACGACAAGAUCUUGUCCCUGGUGCACUGGGGGAUGUACAGCGGCCACGGCAAGCUGGAGUUUGUAUGACUCCAGCCGGGAGCUACAGGACUGUCAGGACUGACUCUCAGUGUUGGCUUCUGCUUUUUUCUUUAAAAGACAUUCCCAUGUUUUGGUUUCGUCCAGUGGACUUUUUGGGUUGUUGGUUCUUUUCAACCAGUGGCAAAAUACACAAGACUGAUCGGCCAUGUGUUUUUUUGCUAGAGGAGCACUUUACUUGAAAAAUGAAAGGCAAAGCAACGAGGAGCUGUAUUUAAAAGUGGAGAAGGGCAGAACUGAGGUGGAUGCAAAAGCUCCGUCACUGCUCCGGAGGAUCCUGGACUUUCACACUGAGCGCUGAAGGAUUCCAAAUCUGUCUUAUUUGCACAUUUGUAAAGAAAAAAAAAAAAAACAAGUCGUUGCUUAAAACAUGAAUUUUACACUGACGCCAGGGUACAAAAAAAAAAGAACUUGUUUGAGGUGUAAAAAAACAAAAGAAAGUGUUUGACUGUAGGUGCGCACACUCCUCCUGUGUACGUUUUCAUGAUUCAAGCUUAUUGUAAAGAUUUUAAAUAUAUAUAUAUAUAUAUUUUUGUCUGAUAAAACUGACCGGUGUGCGUCUUGUUCUGGGUGAAUGUUCAACAUCUCUCUCUGUGAUCAGACUAUAAGCUUGAUUGUGAGCGUGAAAGAAAAAAACUUUCAUUAA